UACUGUGUGUCUGGAAAGGUCCAAUGUUCUAUAAAUAGAGAGGUGCAAAGUCCAAAGCUGUAGCUAGCUAGGGUUAGUUCUCAUCAUCAUCAACAAGAACAGCAGAAGAAAAAGAAGAGUCCGUAAAGGAAUAAAAAUCAAGAACAGAAGAAGAAGAAGAAGAUGAUGGGGAGAUACAGGUGGUCAUCAUGGGGAGAAGGAGGAGGAGAGGGGAAGGUCGGACCUGCAUGGCUUGAAGGGCUGAUGAGGGAGACAUUCUUUGGUGGGUGUGGGGCCCACCAGAAUCAACGCAAGAACGAGAAGAACGUCUUCUGCUUGCACUGUUGCCUUAGCAUCUGCCCCCACUGCCUCCCCUUCCACCGCCUUCACCCUCUUCUCCAGGUGCGAAGGUAUGUUUACCACGAUGUGGUUCGAUUGGAUGACUUGGAAAAGCUCAUUGAUUGUUCCAAUAUUCAGCCUUACACUAUAAACAGUGCGAAGGUGAUAUUCUUAAAUCAGAGGCCACAAUCAAGGUCAUGCAAAGGCAGUGCCAAUGCUUGCUUCACUUGUGAUAGGAUUCUUCAAGAGCCAUUCCACUUUUGUUCUCUUUCAUGCAAGGUGAACUACAUGGUGUACGAGGGUGAAAGCUUGUCCACCAUUUUACAUCGAUUCGAUGAAUCUGACUUCGCAAUUUCGCAGUUCGAGGGUCUAAGAGUUGAUGGCUCAGAGGUCAUAGACGAAGAUUCCCAUUUUGCCCCUACUUCUUCCUACUCCAACACCACCGAGGCUACCAGCAAUUCCGUAAUUUCAUGUGAAGCCAACAACACUUCGAAGAAGAACAAGGGCAAGGCCACUAGGUUCCUCCCUGGAAUUGUUCUCUCUCUUGGCAAUCGAAGAAAGGGUGCUCCUCAUAGGGCACCUCUCUCCUAAGUCUUCAAUCCAAUAUCAUUAUUAUAUAUAUAAUAUAAUAAUAAUAAUAAGGCUUUAUUACAUUCUUAAUAAUAUCUUACUAUUAAUUAGACUAGAGUAUGCCCAAAUAAAAAAAGUUAAAAAAAAAAGAACGUAACAUCUGCUAUGAUUGUUAAUGUGAUAAUAUUAAUGUGUUUGGGGCUGGGGCAAAUUUGUAAUAUGUGCUCUUGUAUUAUAAGUAGCAGCAUUGUGCUUAGGAUUUCUACGAGUAAUUAAGGUAAGGUAUGUGCGCAUGCAAGGCUAGGAUGUUUCCAUCAUCAUCUUAGGUGGUUGUUGAAACCUACCAAUUUUGUACAAUGGAUGCUAUAGAUGGAAAGCGUUGGAAUUAUGUAAUAUUUAUUAAUUAUGUGCUUUUAGUGAGUAGAACGUACAAUUUCUUCC